CCGCGGCAGGCGGCGCGCGGGGUUCAAAUCGGAGGCGGUUGGCGCAGGCUGCGAUCUGGUGUCAGCGGGGAGUCUCGGGCCCGCGCCAUGGACUCGCGCGUCUACCGCCUCAUCUGCCCUGGCCGUGUCAUCAACAUCCAGCGGAGCAACGGUGUGGUCCACAAGGCGACGGUGAAGACGGUGAACGUGGAGCGGUCUAUUGUGUCCGUGGAGUGGAACGAGGGUGGCACCAUCAAGGGCAAGGAGAUUGAGAUCGAUGAUUUGAUAAAAAUAAAUCCCGAGUUAUCAGACGAACCACCUGCUGCAGAUGUGAAAGAGAACUGUCCUUUGCGAGAAAACAUAACUGUACAGCAAAAGCGUAGAACAACUCUUUCAAAAAUUCCUGCUCCACGAGAAGCUGCAGCAGCAACGCCUAAUGUCUCUGCACCUGGGCAGAAGACUCCAGCUGUCCGUAGCCGUUACCGAUUGUCCGCUAUCACAGAAACUCAGUGCAGCAUCCAGCAAAAUGAGAUGAUGGUAGACCCCUGUGCUUCUACACAAACCAAAACCAAUUCAUUGAUUCCUGCACGCCGAACCAGGGCUAGCAGGCUGAGCUAUGCUCCAGAACCCUCGCUGCCAAAUGUAAACGGAGAUACAGAGGAUCAUCUGCUGGCUGCUGCAAUGAGCUCUUCAGUGAGCCCAGUUCGGAGAAAAAGUAACAUUGUGAAAGAGAUGGAGAAAAUGAAAAACAAGAGAGAAGAAAAGAAGGCUCAAAAUAGUGAAAUCAGGACAAAACGUGCACAGGAAAUUGACAGCAGCUGCCCAAACUGGGAGUUUGCACGCAUGAUCAAGGAAUUCAGAGCAAAUUUAGACUGUCAUCCAAUAUCUAUAACUGACCCUAUAGAAGAACAUAGGAUUUGUGUCUGUGUGCGGAAGCGCCCUCUUAACAAACAAGAACUUCUCAGAAAGGAGUGUGAUGUGAUUACUGUUCCGAGCAAGUGUGUCUUGCUAGUGCACGAGCCAAAGCAAAAAGUGGACCUAACAAAGUACCUUGACACCCAAGCAUUUAGAUUUGACUUUUCAUUUGAUGAAUUCUCUUCUAAUGAAAUGGUAUACAGGUUCACUGCUAGACCUCUUGUAGAGACCAUCUUUGAGGGUGGGAAAGCGACAUGUUUUGCAUAUGGCCAGACAGGCAGUGGCAAGACACAUACUAUGGGCGGAGACUUCUCUGGGAGAGCACAGAAUGCCUCAAAGGGCAUAUACGCUUUUGCAUCACAAGAUGUCUUCCUCCUUCUAAACCAGCCCAGGUACAAGAAUCGGGACCUGGAAGUUUAUGUGACUUUCUUUGAAAUAUACAAUGGAAAGGUGUUUGACCUCUUGAAUAAGAAGGCAAAGCUUCGAGUGCUGGAGGAUGGCAAGCAGCAGGUCCAGGUUGUUGGUCUCCAAGAAAGACAAGUCAGUUGUGCUGAGGAUGUCAUCAGAAUGAUUGAGAUGGGCAGUGCCUGCAGGACAUCUGGGCAGACUUUUGCAAAUGCUAGCUCUUCCCGAUCACAUGCCUGCUUCCAAAUCAUACUGCGCCAAAGACAGAAACUGCUUGGCAAAUUUUCUUUGGUGGAUCUGGCAGGAAAUGAGAGGGGUGUAGACACAUGUACUGCUGAUCGGCAGACACGAAUGGAAGGUGCAGAAAUCAAUAAGAGCUUGCUGGCUUUGAAGGAAUGUAUCAGAGCUUUAGGGCAGAACAAAUCUCAUACCCCUUUCCGGGAGAGCAAGCUGACCCAAGUCCUGAGAGACUCUUUCAUAGGAGCGAACUCGAGGACCUGUAUGAUAGCAAUGAUUUCUCCGGGCAUGAGUUCCUGCGAGUACACCUUAAACACCCUGAGAUACGCUGACAGGGUGAAAGAGCUCAGCCCUCAUAAUGGAAACGGUGAAACACAGAAUCAGAUGGAGACUGACAAUGAGGAUGCGGAGACCUGUGGGGAAGGCUCAGAUCACGAUCUCUCCAAGGAUGAGGACGAUGAUAUCUCUCCGGAUGUGUUAGACUUUGAGGCUGUGACUCAAAUUACUGAACAGGAAGAGAAGGUUGUAGAACAGCUUAGAGAACUGAGACAGAGAAUGACAGCUGAACUUGACUACCUCUUGGGAAUCGCAGAGCAACCAGACUAUAAUCUCGAGGCCUUUGUGAGCAGAGCUAAGCACUUCAUAGAGGCAAGCUCAAGAAACUUCCUUAGUGUCGGAGAAACCUUGGACGCCCUGGGGGUUGCCAUACAGCUGGAAGAGCAAGCCAGCAAGCAGAUAAGCCAGAGGAGGCCUUAGUAAAUACAGCAAAACCUGGUGCACAAGCAGUCUUCUUUAUGUCUUGCAUGUUUGUCAAUUGUUUGUGUUAUUUCUGUUUUAAAUGUGGCAGUGUCUGUGGGUCUCGUGUGCCCGAGGGCAGUGAAUGCAACAGCCUCUGUUUUCACUGCCUGGUAUCGGGUACUCAGUGCUAGAAACACCUGGUGAAAAGCUUGGAGGGGAGGCUGAGUCUGCCAGGUGUGUGUAGCAUCUGGCCCUUGGCUGCUGGUAAUGGUGGUCUCAAAUAGAACCAGGUGUGUGUGUAUAGUUUUCUAGUGUACAUAUCACUUUUCCUGAUGUGCUUGAAGCAUUGAAAAACUGCUGCAAGUCUGGCUUUUCUAGAAAGAAAACGGACUAUAUAGAAUUGUAAAAAUGAGUAUUUUAAGAAGUUUGAUAAAUAAAUGUUCCUGAAUUUAAU